UACUCUUUUCUGACACACUUAGCAGCACAAAGCAUCAUCAGCCAACCCUCGUUCUCUCUUAUUAGAGUCAUCAGAGUUCACCGGAGCAGAAACAAAAUCUGCCGAAUAAUUCCAAACGCAUAAUCAAAAAGUAGGAAUCAGAAGCUACAACUAGGGCCUGUAGUUUGAGCAUAAACCCUCAAUUUCAGUAUCUUCUAUGGAUGACAAGGCAUAAAGGUACGGGAAUGAAGAGCGCUGGAGGAGGAGAGAUUAUCCAAGUUCAAGGAGGUCACAUUGUUCGAUCCACCGGUCGGAAAGAUCGUCACAGUAAGGUUUAUACUUCGAAAGGGCCUCGAGAUCGAAGGGUUCGUUUAUCGGCUCACACCGCGAUUCAAUUCUACGAUGUUCAAGACCGGCUCGGCUACGACCGGCCUAGCAAAGCCGUAGAUUGGCUUAUCAAGAAUGCCAAAUCCGCCAUUGAUAAGCUUGCCGAGCUUCCUCCAUGGCAGCCUAUAGCCGCUAACACCGAGGAAGAAACUCACAACGCGGAAAACCCUGAGAAUUCUGAAGCUCCUUCGGGAUUUCUCCCGCCUGCGAUUGAUUCCGACGCCAUAGCCUUCUUCCCUACGAGUUCUGCAACUUCCUCCAUCAAUUUUCAGAGCUAUCCAUCGGAGAUAAUAUCCAGAACAACGAAUUCCGGGCAAGAUCUUGGCCUGUCUCUUCAUUCGCUCAAUCAAACGGCGUCGAACGACGAAAACAUGUUCGGUAGUUCGAAUCCAGUCGAAUUCGAGUCGAAUUUCCAGAGGAUGUUCGAGUCCAAUUCGUUGAUAGGGCAAGGCUCGAUGUUUCCUCAAAGGGGGACCCUUCAGUCCAGUUUUUCGCCACUUGUUCGCGCGUGGAGCGACGUGCCCGUGGCAUCUUCGGAGCAUCACCACCAUCAGAAUCACAAGUCGCAACCUUCCAUUUUCGGCGGCCGCUUUCACUCCGACGGGUUGCCGGAAUUCUGCAUUCCGACGAGAAUUCAAGGCCAGCAACAAGAACGGUCCUCUGCUUCUCCUAAUUCUCACCACCACUGACCCAAAAGCACCCUGCUUCGUCCUUCACUCAUCAGGAGGAGCGUUUUGAACCAGACAUGCAACUUUAAAAGGUGGAUUGUGUUCAUCUUAUCUUAUUUUGAUUUUGCAUUAUUAUUCGUGCGUAUUGUAGGCAUUAUUGUUGAUGCCAUUUUAAUAUGAAGUGGGUAUCUUCUGAAUACACGCACACUUAUAUGAUCCUUUGUUUAAAUUAGUUGAUGGGUUCGAUGAAGGUGGAUUCCC